UUCAGAUUUGCCAGCUAGUAAAAAGUUUAAGGAUUCUACUACCUUGAAUUAAGAACCACAGACUUAUUAAUUCACAAUGGUUGUGACUGUUGGAAAAUGUUUGAAGCAGAUCCCCAAGACUUCGGUUCGUCUGUGUUUAUUGAGCCUUAUUUGUUAUGAGAUUACCAUGCUGAAAUGCGUUGAAGGGUGGACAUACCACUACUCUUCUGAUAAAAUGAACUGGGAAGAUGCAAGGAAAUGGUGCCAAGACCACUACACUGAUAUGGUUGCAAUCCAGAACCAGGAAGAAAAUGUUUAUCUCAAUGAAGUGAUUCCAUUUGUCCAUGGAUAUUACUGGAUUGGGAUUAGGAAAAUAAAUGAAACCUGGACCUGGGUGGGAACCAACCAAAUACUCAGUGAAGAAGCAGAGAACUGGGCUGAAAAUGAACCCAAUAAUGGUAAAACUGCUGAGGAUUGUGUAGAGAUUUAUAUAAAUAGAACAAAGGAUUCUGGAAAAUGGAACGAUGAACCUUGUAAGAAACAAAAAACUGCAUUGUGUUAUUCAGCUGCUUGCCAUGCAUCUUCAUGCAAUGGCCAUGGUGCAUGUAUAGAAAUGAUCAAUAAUUACACUUGCAAGUGUCAUGAAGGAUUCUAUGGACCCAAAUGUGAAAACGUUGUGGACUGUGCCACUAUGGAGAAACCCCAAAAAGGGCUUAUGGAUUGCUCUCAUCCUUUUGGAUUUUUUUCUUAUAACUCUGCCUGUGACUUCAGCUGUGAAGCAGGAUACAAAUUAAAUGGCUCAGACAGAGUCCAGUGCACAGCUUCCAAAGAGUGGACAUCGCAGUCUCCUGUAUGUGAAGCUGUUGGGUGCAACACUCUUACAGCCCCUCAGAAUGGUGAUAUGGUUUGCUCUCAUCCGAUUGGCAAUUUCAGCUUUAAAAGCACCUGUGAGUUUAACUGUGAGGAAGGAUACUCACUCAUUGGAUCUAGCAAACUUGCUUGCACUUCGUCAGGGAAAUGGGAUGAAGAUCAACCACAAUGUGAAGCUGUGAAGUGCCACACACUCGAAGCCCCCCAGAAUGGCAGCAUAAACUGCUCUGACUUUGGGUACAACUCCAGCUGCCAGUUCAGCUGUGCGGAGGGGUUUGCUUUGAAGGGAGCCGAGAGUCUGACCUGUAGAGCAUCUGGGCAGUGGACAGGAGAGCCUCCUCAAUGCGAAGCUAUUAAAUGUGAAAGCCCAAAGACAGUUGCCCACAUGGUUUUGAACUGCACCCAUCCCAUUGAGAGUCUCGUCUACAAUUCCACUUGCCUGCUGAGCUGCGAGAAGGGGUUUGUGUUAAACACCUCAGGAAGUCUUCAGUGUACAUCUUCUGGGAAAUGGAGUGCAGAAACACCAACCUGUAAAGCUGUAACAUGUAAUCCACUGACAAUGCUGAAGAAAGUCUUCAUGAACUGCUCUCAUCCAUUUGAGCACUUUGGUUACAAGUCGAAAUGCUCCUUUUACUGUGCAGAAGGACGAUUGAGUGGAUCAAGUAAUUUGGAAUGCAACUCUUCUGGGAAGUGGACAGCAGAAAUACCAGUGUGCGAAGAAGAUCCCAGCACCUCGACAGAUUACAGAAACAUUGGCCUGGUUACUGCGUCAGCUUGUCUGUUAUCUGGACUGAGUUUCAUAAUGUGGCUUGUAAAGCGCCUUCGGAAAGCUAAGAAAUUUGAUUUAGAAAGGUGUGAGGAACACUGAACAUCGAUAAGUAACCUUACCUAACAAAGGUGCUGGCAUCUGUACGUUGUGAAAACAACAUAUGAAAUGAAAAAAUACCCAUAUUAUUUAGCACUGUGUGCUCAGGAAAAUGAUGUAUGCUACUUAAAGAGAUAUGAAAACAUGGCAUUAGAUUAUCUAUUGCUUUGAAUAUUGCAAUAUCUGUAUAAAUGUAACCAAACAUCAUGAUCAUAUUGUAUCUUACAGUAAUUUAUUUUGUAUUGUUCAUUAUUUAUUUGUGAGACUAUUUAUAUAUAUAUAUAUAUAUAUAUUAUAAUAAUGGUAUGUGAAUUCUUUGAUAAUCAGUGUUGUAAAAAAAUAAGUUAAACGUGUGAUUUGUGAACUAAAAUAAAAUGUUUUUUUUUUAUUGAUUCAGGUUACUUCUAUCUAUGUACAGCUGGUACUGUAACACAUUGAGAAAGAAGGUUAACUUUUAGUUACACGUUUAUACUCAUAUAUUGAGCAAAAUGUGAAAGGAGAACAUAAACUAACUGGAGGGUAAACAAAGAAAUUAAGUAAUGUAAUGGUUUUGAGCUUAAAACUAAAGAUGAGUUAAUGAAUACACUGGGUAAAUGAUAAUGGUGUGUUAAAUAAGGGAGAAUAAAAGUAAUUAAGCCUGGCUUGGAAUAAACAUGUCUCAUUUACUAGAGACCUUACGUGGGUCACUAGGACCCAGUAGAAGUUACUGGAGUCAAGACCAACUCCAGGUUAAUUCAAUUAACUCAGUAAUUAUGUUUAAAGGGAUGUGAGUAUGUGUGAUUCGUGUGGGUGAUGGUAGGAGUUUGGUUGGAGAGUUGGAGAGCAAGAGAUUGGAUUGUUGAUGUGAGUGUUGUGAGAACUGGGAAACGAACUAUUGGAAAAGGUAUUGGACCACAACUGGGAUUGC